AUGACGGACAGCGGCAAGUGUGCGUUUGUUCUUGGGAUCGAGCUUUUGGACGGUGAAGAUGGCAGUGUGACACUAUGUCAGCGUCGGUAUGUCGAUGAUAUCCUCAAGCGCUUUGGCAUGGAUGAUUGCAAGGCAGUCGCAAGUCCAGUCGACAUGAGCUCUCGACUUGUUUCAAGUGAUGCAACUACCAAGGUCGAUGCUCCUUUUCGCGAAGCUGUUGGUGCGUUGAUGCACCUGACCACUGCAACGCGUCCGGACAUUGCGUUUGCUGUGGGCUAUGUGUCGCGGUUCAUGGAAAAUCCCCAAGAAGAACACUGGGUUGCAGUUAAGCGUAUCUUUCGCUACCUACAAGGCACCAAGACGCAUGGAAUUUGCUACAAGCCAAGUGCAAGGAUCGACUUCCGUGGAUAUUCGGAUGCGGAUUGGGCUGGUGAUCUUACCGACCGCAAGUCAACAUCGGGGUACACGUUCAUGCUACUCGGUGCGCCAGUCAGUUGGGGCAGCAAGAAGCAGCCAAGUGUUUCGUUGUCCACGAGUGAAGCCGAAUACAUCGCACUCAGCUUGGCGAUUCAAGAGGGCAAGUGGAUUCAUCGUCUGCUUUGUGAGAUCGUGAUGGCUGCCAAUGAAGAAGGACCGGAACUCAUGAUCCAUGAAGACAAUCAGUCGUGUAUCAAGAUGACGAAGAACCCAGUCAACCACGGCCGUGCCAAGCACAUUGAUAUCAAGUACCAUCACAUCCGUGAUGAGGUCAAGCGCGGUGAAGUGAAGCUCAAGUACUGUGAAACUGCGGUGAUGUCAGCGGACAUCAUGACGAAGGGACUUCACGGGCCACGCCACAAGGAGAUGACGGCGACUCUCGGGAUUCGUGAGCAUUCGGAUUGA